AUGAUGGCAUGUUCGUACCUGAGCGCGGCUGGACCUAAGCCGCAGCCGUCAACCGCUGGUUGUUGGACUCCGCCGAACUACACCUGCCUGCCCCAGCCAGAUUCGCUGUCGGGCCCAACGGGACCGCUGUUCGCAAAGCCCCAAGCGGGCACCAGCCUCAGCGCCACGUGCCAGGAGCCAGCACUCGACCUAUCGACGAACUCCGCAUCCCUCGUGCCCCGGCACCCCCCUCAGAAGACAAGCGGGGGUGCAGAG